AUGGCCGCCGUCAUGUCACAAGCGCCGCAUCACCACGCUACCCCUCGUCCGGGAGACAGGCACUCCAACAUCAAAAUCACCCCUCCGAACCAUCAAUCUUUGCCCAUCUCGGUGCAGAAUCUCCGUGGAGGCCAGCUCACUCUCGACACCUUCUCUCCCGUCAACCAGAAUGGCAGCUUCGAGUUCGACCGCAUCAUCAAGUCCGGCCAGCUCUCCAAGCGUACCCGCAAGACAAAGUCAUGGAAGCCCAUCUACAUUGUGCUAAGGCCCAAUCUUCUCUCCAUCUAUCGUGACAAGGCCGAGACCAAACUCCGUCACCAAAUCACCCUCUCGGAUCUUACUGCCAUCGCCCGUCAAAAGGACCCCAAAGCCAAGGCUAAACAUGUCUUUGCUCUCUUUUCGCCUUCGAGGAAUUACCAUCUGGAGGCCGCCUCGGACCAAGAUGCUCAGGAUUGGGUCCAACUAAUCAGACGUGAGGCGCGGAUCGACCAACAUGAGGAAGAGAUGGUCUUGGCUAGCCCUGGAGGUGCCAAAAGCACUUAUCGUGGCUUCGAGAGACAUGGCCAUCAUCCCAUCAAUCAUGAUAUCCCUCAGGGCUACAGUUCCUCCGAGGCCGAGACUCCCGUCUACCAUCCCCCGAUACGUCGGCCCAAGCACGCUCUAUACGGCAAGCGCAGACCUUCACACACUUUAGACUACUCGGGACCUGAGAACGCCUCCUACUCGGACUUUUCCGACUCACAAGGACCUUCGGCUCGUAUGUCAUCCCUGUCACUCACCUUGGCCGAAAACCAUUCGCAAGCUAUGCCUCCUCCACCUGCCGGUGCCAACACGAUAUAUGGUACCAACACCCGCACCUCGUUGGCACCACGUAACGUCAGUCAAACAUCGGGUAUACACAGCGUCAAACAGGAUGACGAACGAGUCAUCUGUCAAGGAUGGAUGUACAUGCUCAAGUCAAAGUCGGGAGUGCGACAGUGGAAGAAGCUGUGGAUGGUGCUGAGGCCAAAGUCAUUGGCCUUGUACAAGAACGAAGACGAGUACGCGGUUGUUUUACUUAUCCCUUUCCACAACAUCAUCGACGCCGUCGAGAUCAAUGCCAUCAGCAGAAGCAAGCAAUUCUGCCUCCAGCUCAUCACCGAAGAGCGCAACUACAGGAUGUGUGCUCCUGAUGACGAUGCACUAGCGCGGUGGUUGGGAGCGGUCAAAAGCGUACUGGUCAAGAGAAAAGAAAUGGCUGCAGGCAUACAACGGGCGGGGACAGCAGCAAGCUGA